AUGGUUUGCUCCCCGGCUCAUUCUUAUCGUCAAUGCAUUCUACACAAUCCACCGAAACUCUCUAAAAGCGCCAAAGAAGACUUGAUUGUCGCGCACCUCCGGUCCACACGCACGUGCCACACGCUCAAAGACCUCGAGAAGAUGCUUCCCUCGGUGGCUUCGAUCAACGGCAUGCAGGUCAAGGAAUACAUCCAGAAUCUGACGGACGAGAACAAGAUUCGGGUGGAGAAAAUCGGAAGUGGGAACUGGUACUGGUGUUUCGGCGGGGACGAGACACGCGAGAGGGAAGGGCGACUGCAGCAGCUCCAGAAGGAGGUGAGCGUCCUACAGGCCAGCUACGAGGAAGCCGCGGCCGAUCUGGCGGCGAAACGGGCGCAAUGGGACCAGGAGGGAGGAGGGGAUGAGGGAGAAAAUCGGGCAGAGAGGGGAGAGUUGAUGCAUCGGAGGAGUGAGCUGCAGACGGAACGGACCCGGCUGCAGGCGCAGUGGCUGACGGCGACCACGACGGUGGGAGGAAAAAGCGUAGCGCAGAUGAAAGAGGAGACUGAGACGUUUCGGCAACAAGCGCUUAUGUGGACGGAUAAUAUCUACGUGCUGGAGGAGUACAUGGGGAAGUUGACCGGCGGGGACCGAGAGAUCAUGACGGCGGUGCAGAGGGAGUAUUACGGGGACGAGUAUGUGGAGGGGGAGGGACUGCGUGAGUUGAUCAGUUGA